CGGGGAUUUCCCCUGAAGAACUUCCUCGCAUGGCUAUAAACUCGCCGAUUACAGCCAGUAAUGAAAGCGCCCUCGCACGCGAAGGUGCUGUCAUGUAGCUGCAGGCAUCCUGCUGAAGCUACACCCUCGCGAAGAAGUUUCCGCUACCCGUUCAUUGAGAAAGAAGAAAAAGAAGUUAAAGCCAAGAGCACCAGUGAUCACCAGUUCGCCAACGAGAACGGAUUUAUAGAUCGCUCGGUUUUCCCAGACUAAGGUCGCCGGAAGAUAUGAGAGUUCUCGUACUCUUGACUCUUUUGGUAGUCAAACUGCAUUUAGCGAGGUGUCAAGGGCUCGGAGCAGGUGGUCCAAGCACUUUCGGAUACGAUGCAUCUUCAGCUUGCAGCAAACCCUACUCUCGCGAUGCUCGAGCUCGAUUUGCAAAUCUUCCCUGUGACUUUCGCCAGCAAAACUGGUGCACAAUUGCCGGAAACGCCUAUCCAUGCAUGUCAGUACGCGACCACAAUUCGGGCCAGUCACAUCGAACUCCUCGAUCUUAA